AUGCUACCCAAAAACGACACCGAAGAAAUCGUGCGCCCCGUGUCACGCCCACGGGAUAGCAGCGUCGUCCCCGAGCAACUGCGAAUAUGCCGCCGGGGUACCUAUCACGGCGCACUCGCUUUCAAUCUUGCCGCCUUUGUGCUUCCUGCCCUCUAUGGCACCCUCUCCAAGCUCUGGGUCGCCAACAUUGACUCGUCCCUCGUCGUCACUACGGACGCGUACACCUACAUCGAUGUAGUCACCGAGCUUCUCAAUGAAGGUCUUCCACGCGCGGCAUGGGUGAUCAUCGGCGACAGGGCAUCUCGAUUCUUGGCGCAAAGGCUGCAGUUGACGCAUACCCUCAUUGCUUUCCAGUCCGUCAUGGGGCUCAUCAUAAGCAUCGCCUUUGUCGCCGGCGCGGAAACAUUUGCCAAAGGCUUCGUGCCGGCCGAGGUCCGCGUCGUCAGCAUCACCUACAUUCGCAUCGGAGCAUUCAGCGCGCUCAGCAGUGGCAUCGAGACUGCUGUUUCGUCAGCCACAAGAGCACUGGACCGUCCUGACGUGCCGCUGAUCAUCAGCUCUGUCAAGUUCGCCGUCAAUAUCGUCCUUGAUCUGCUGAUCAUUUCCAAGGUCCACAUCGGGUCGCACCAGCCGACAGUCAACAUGCAGGCAAGGAUCCAUUCCGCCUUUCUCGGCCUUGCGUACUUUCUUUGGAGCAACACCAUUCGCUUUCAGAAGCGCCGGCGUGGGCAUGACGAUGAAGGCGGGACGACACGUCCGAGUGCGAAGGCACUCCUCAUCCUUCUCCGCCCCGGUGCCUUCCUUGACCUUCGUCGAGUCGGCGAUCCGCAACGCACUCUACCUCUGGCUGGUUACUAA